GGUGUGGACGGCUUUCCAGCAUCCACACGCGCACACACAAAUCAGGCGCACACGCACCGACAGAAAGCACCACAGUUGCGUAGUACUUGUUCUCUUCCUUUUAUGUAUACUCGUCGAAGUCAUUCCUGCGCCGCAACUUCUACGUUUGACUGCUUUUAUUCUCACGAUAAUACUCCUUAUAUACACACACAUAUAUUGUAGCACACGACUCCCACGCCGAACGAAAAUGUCUCACGAUUCCAGGAAGAAGAAACACGCGUCCGAUGCCGUCUCCUCGCCACGGUUCGUUGACCCGAUGGAAGUCGAAUCCUCCGGUCAAAACGACGGCGAAGACGUGGCGUUGCAAGACGACGACGAAGUUGAAACGAAAGUGUCGGGUCUGAGCAACGCGGAGGUGGACCACCUGCGCCACCUGACGCUGGAAAACAUCAACGAAAUGGACAAAGACGUUGUGUACGCGGUGAACUCCUUCUUUCAAAACCGCAUUCAAGACUGCGAGGCCGCACUGCGCGCACGCAUGCCGGAAGAUCCAUUGUCCGCCACCGGCGCCGGCCUCAUCGCUUUUAUUCGCUGUGCACUCUCCAUGGAGCAGGGCCAGGCGGAUAUUGCGCUGGAGUUGCUGACCAGGUCCAGUGCGCUGGCCGUGCAGAUCAUGACGAACAACAAAGGCACUGUGUCAAAUACCUUUUCCCGCAUGUUACAGUUUCGCAGGAGCGCCAAGGACAGCUGGCUUUCGCCGUCGGAGUUCCGUGCCAAGACAAUUCACGCGGAGAGUCAAGCACUGCGGUGUUUUGUGCUCAUCCUGCAGCAGUCCGUGUCCUCCAUUGUCAAGGCCGGCAUCGCGCUGAAUAAGGCGAGCAGCAACUAUAAAAGUCUGUACGCGGAGUUGGAGCAGAGGUACAAGGAGAAGUACGGCAGCAAGGCGGUCUCGCCCGACUUGGCGGUGUCACCCAUGACGUCGCCCAACACCUUCAAGGAGAGAGACGCGUCGCUGGAGAUGAGUACGGCACUGGAGACGCUAGGGGUAGACCGCAACUCGGUGCACUGCGUCGAGUUUGGCCUCGGUGCCAUUAAUCUGGUCGUCUCCCUUCUGCCGAGCCAAGCCCGCUCGAUGUUGCGUUUUAUCGGGGUGGAGGGCAACCGGCAGUACGGGCUGCGUCUCCUCCGGCAGUGUCUCAUGAGCAACACGCUGCUCUCUCCCUUCGCCAGCGCGGUGCUGUUGUCCCUCUACGGCUUCCUGCCCACCGCCUCUGCCUUUUUGUUAAAGACGUACCUGCCGGUGGCGCACGAAGUCCGUGCGGAGGUGUUCAAGGCGGAGAUCAUGCGCGAGUCGCUGCUGCACGUCUGGCUGGACGGCCGCAUCGAGCGUCUGACGCGCAACGUGGAGCUGAGCGUGGCGAAGUUGGAACGGUGUCUGAAGGUCGCGAGCAACCCGCAGCUGCUCUCCACCAUGCCGCAGCUCCGCGACUUCGUCGUGUACGACCAGUGGUUCAACUACGCCGUCCUGCAUCAAUGGAAGCGCGCCAGUCGCUGUCUGGAGGUGCUGUCCAAAACCUCCAAGUGGGCCAACGGGUUCUAUCAGUACACGCAGGCAUCGUGUCUGGAGAUGCUGGAGCAGGAGCGCGCAGCGGGGAUCAGCAACGCGGAGGGCGAGGUCGACUUUGAACUGGAGGAACUGCGCCGGAUCGUGGGAGCGGACAAAGUGAAGGACCUCAGCAUCACCUUCUGCGACAUCUCGUCACGCGAGCAGAUGAGUCGCACCAUCGCGGAGCUCUACUGGGGUGCCGCGCAGCGCAAGCCGGUGACUCUCGGCGGGAAGCCCAACCACCACGAUCAGUUCGUGGCGAAGCGCAUGGAGGAGAUACUGGUCCUGUACGGCGUUGAUGCAGGCAAGUAUGCGGCCAAGAAGAAGCUCGAGGACCCGCUCGAACCGAUGCCGGAUGACCUGCGUCUACGCAACACGGUACCGCUUCCGGUCUACGAAAUGAUUCUGCUCGUUGGCAUUGCCCAUCAAAUCCCCUCGAAGCGCAAAGAGCAGAUGCUCACGCGGAUUAACAGCUACCUGUUGAAGGAGCCAGUGGAGGCGGACACGGUGCUGGCGGAUUACGUGGACGGGAUGAGAAGGACGCCGUCAGAGGACACGGCGAGCAGCAAGGGCGGUGACAAUGCAUCGCAGAAGCCCGAGCGUGCCGCGUCGAAGCAGAGCGCAGCUCUCCCAAUCAAUUACCGUGUUUUGUCUCUGUGCGUGUGCAAGGCCCUUCUCUUGGCGAACAGCGAGUCCCAGGCAGAUCGAGAAGCUGCGUCAGAGGUGAUCCAGGCGGUUCGCGAUACCCCGCAGUACAAGGACCGGCAGUGGACGCUGUCGUACGCGCAGGCGUUUGUGUUGUACGAAAAGGCGUACAUUGCCUACCAGGACGAAAGUCGUGACGCCGCGGAGGCCAUUCUGAACGCCCUACACAAGCAGUACGACAGCGCGCACUACUUUAUGCAUGCAAAGAUUGACUUCAAGGCGCACCUCGCCUCUUACGAGUUGAUGGAGCAGAAGCAGGCUGAAAAGGCGCAGCGUAAAGCAAACUAG